ACCCAUACCGAAAGAUCCGUCUAGUUUGAUCUUUCAUAAACGAACACGCAUCGUACCUAACUGUCUUGUUUAUUGCAACUACCUUGCAGAUUUUGAAGCUCCUAACAAUGGCUUCUUUCUCUGGUCAAAGUCAAACCCGCAUUAUCGCUCUUCCAUGGCUAUUGCUCGCAAUCAUUGGGGGUUCAUUAUGUGCGAGAAAGGAGGUGAAUGGAAGCAUCGAAGAAGCGAAUCAAAGAGAGUUUGAUUACUUCGCGUUGGCUCUGCAAUGGCCUGCCACCUACUGCCGCCGCACUCGCCAUUGUUGCUCCUCCAAUGCUUGCUGCAGAGGCUCUAAUGCUCCAACAGAAUUUACCAUUCAUGGACUCUGGCCUGAUUAUAAUGAUGGAAGUUGGCCAUCCUGUUGCUCCCGAACUAGUUUUGACGAAAAGGAGAUAUCAACAUUGACCAAUGCUUUAGAGCAAUAUUGGCCAUCAUUAAGUUGUGGCUCACCAUCAACAUGUCAUGGUACAAGAGGGUCAUUUUGGGCUCACGAGUGGGAGACGCAUGGCACAUGCUCAUUUCCUGUGAUUCGAGAUGAAUACAAUUAUUUCUUGACAGCACUGAAUGUCUAUUUCAAAUACAAUGUGACUAGAGUUCUAAAUGAAGCUGGGUAUGUUCCUUCUAAUAGAGAAAAAUACCCCCUUGGAGGCAUUGUCUCUGCCAUUGAGAAUGCCUUCCAUACAACUCCUCAAGUAGUUUGCUCACAUGGUGCAGUGGAGGAAAUUCGUCUAUGCUUCUAUAAAGACUUCAAGCCACGAGAUUGUGGAGUUGCAUCUGACAUUAAAAUUGACAUGGUUACUUCAAGAUCGUCAUGUCCCAAAUACGUCAGCCUGCCAGUGCAUGUAUCAUCUGAGAGGGGUGGAUCUCAAGGUUGGUUUCCUUAUAAUGAAGCUCUAUAAGGCUCUGGUAGGACACCUCUGUCUAUAACUUUAAACAUUCAUCAGUUGGUGAGAUGCUGUACUAUAUGUUAUAAUUUGGAGGGACAAGAAUAAAGUUAUGGACAAUCUAAACUUGGCUUGUGAAUUGAAGGGUAGGUAUGGCCUUGAGCAUUGUGUUGUGCUCCAGGUCAAUCCUGCAUUGAAAUGGGAUUCAUGCAUGAUUUGGCAUUAUUCUAGGAUAAGAUUACAUUUUAAGGACCUAAACUUGGCAAAAAUUAUGUUAAAAUCUUGAAGUUGUAAUUACUAUUUGCUCUCGAUGAUCAAAAGUUACUAUCUUCUUUUAAGAAAUUACUAUGAAAAUUUAGGAAAGUCACUGUUAAAUUUUAGAGAAAUUAUUAUUGAUUCCUUGAAUUUGUAAUUUUCCUAGAUCUUUAUGGUAACUUUCACAAAACAUUGAUCUCUAAGAUGAAAUGUAACCUUUGAUCUUUGAGGGUAACUAUAAUAUAUUAAUGUAAUAUUUU